AUGGGAAAUAGACAGAGUGCAACGGUGAACAAUAGCAAUAACGAUGAUGAUGAUAAUAAGGAUUUCUAUCAGCUGCUUGGUAUAUCACAAGAUGCAACAGCUGAAGAUAUCAAAAAAUCCUUCAGAAAACUCGCCCUGAUUCAUCACCCUGACAAGAAUCCUUUGAAUGUUGAAUCGGCCAACCAGAAAUUCUCACGCUUACAAGAAGCUUAUGAGACUCUAUCCGACGAUCAAGAACGCGCUUGGUAUGAUCAGAAUAUCCACACUACAGAUGAAGCCGGUGAAGAGGAUGAUGCAGCUGCGUUUGAAGAUAUGCUCAAUGGACGCAAUACCAAGUCUCGUCUCACAAAAGAUCCUGGCAUUACCACCAGACAGCUCAUCCGCUUCUUCAAUCCAAAGCUUUGGCAUGGUUAUGAUAGUUCAUCCAAGGGCUUCUACACCAUCGUUGGUGCACUCUACGCUCGUCUUUCUGAGGAAGAGUCUACAGCAGCACCUUAUGACUUGGGUGAAGAUAGCGGACCGUGUCCAGAUUAUCCAGCUUUCGGGAAUGAAAACACACCUUUCGAGAGCACGCCUAGAGAUUUCUACGCCCUUUUUGGUGCAUUCUCCUCACGCAAAUCUUUCGCUUGGCGUGAUUUAUGGCAUCUGCGCGAUGCUCAGGAUAGACGAGUGAGACGUAUAAUGGAGAAAGAGAAUAAAGCAGCACGCGAAGAAGCGAGGAAGGAGUACAACGAUACCAUCCGUCAACUAACCUUUUUCAUCAGAAAGAGAGAUCCGAGAUAUCGCAAUUACGCUAAGAAGCAAGCUCAAUAUAACUCCCCUCACGCCGCACAAACCAGAAGAAGCGAAGCUAAUGAGUGGCGCAAAAAGGAACGUAAUCAGGUUGCUCAGAAUUUUGUCGAACAGUCUUGGCAACAGGUCUCACCACAAAAUAUCGCUCUUGAGGAAGCUGAGGAGUUACAAGAGAUGGAAAGACUACAUUGCUUUGCAUGUGACAAGAACUUUAAUUCGGAGAAAUCAUUCCAAAAUCAUGAAAAGAGUAAAAAACACUUACAGACUGUAAAAAUCUUGCGCAAACAUCUCGAACGCGAAGAACGUCAACUGGCAAAGAAUGGCAGUGGACAUAGUCUCAAUGAGAGCAGUCUGCAAGAACACGAUCAUGUGCAGGACGCUGCCAGUAGUACUAUGGGUACACCUGGAGAGUCUACCCCAACACUCAGUAACAAUGUGGAAACAAAAGUGGAUAAUUUGAUUAACCAGACUGAGAAAGAGCAUGAUAUUGAGCGUGAAUUGGACGAUCAAGUAGAUCAAUCACACCAAGCGCAUCAACUCCAUCAUCUUGAAAGUGAAUCUCACACUGAGACUGACACUACACACACCUCCGACCUUGGAAGCGUAGACUACGAAGAGAAAAAAAUAAACGAAGAGAUUGACGAGCAAAUUGUCUCUCAAGUUAAUGACUUGCAAGUGGAUCACAACCAAAAUGGGCAAGCAACACAAGCCAAUCAACCCACACAAUCCCAACAGCCCACUCAAGACGACGACUCGGAUGGUAGAGACUCUCCGGUUGUAGUGAAGAAACCUCUUUACAUACCCGACGCAAAGCCUCAGCGCACCAAAAAGGAAAAACGUAGAGCACGCGAAGCUGCCAAACGAGCACUAGAGAAUGCUGUACCGAUUACGCUAUACUGUAAUGUCUGUCACGAACCCUUCGGUUCACGAACAAAGUUAUUCAACCAUAUCAGGGACACUGCUCACGCUCUGCCUGGUCCUGAUGACCACAAGCACAAAAAGAACAAAAGGAAAGGAAAUGGAAGUGGAAAUGGAAAUAGCAAUGGAAAAGGAAAUUACAAAGUACACCACCCUGCACCAGCACCCACAGCAUCAACCGCGACAUGA